CACGCCCUGAUGCCCUAACCCUGCUGUGCAAAGAAGCGAAAAUGGCGAGCGAGAAGAUUUGUAUGUGCUGCUGCUGCUGUGCCGAAUUCUAGAGCUGAACGCCGCAGAUGAUGCAAAAAAGGAGCUGUUGCUGGACCGCACUGGAGACGGACGCGCGACUUGAUGCGUCGCCAGCUGCAUGUGCCGCCUACGUGGACAAUCAAGUCGGCUCUUUGCAACACCAACUUGCCUGAUCAGCGCAAUGGCUCAUCACGGGCAGCGUUCAACUUGCGCAAAGCCGUAUCCAGCGAGUCGGCACCUCUUUGUCCAACUCGCCCUUUCGCGCGAUCAGUUGCCAAGAAUCGCUUUGUGUGGUCCGAGGGAAGUGUAUAGAGUACGUGGGUGGCAGGAUGGGGGUAGUUGUUUGCCGUAAAUAGUUUCACAUGAAGUCGUCGCUGCAACAAUGU